AAAAAAAAACAAAACCAAACAUCUCAAGCGAUUGGCCGAGUCUUUGUUUAGAGCAGCUUGGCGAUUGGAGGAAAAAAAAAAUCUGACGUGACAAUUGGCUGCGGUUUUUUUUUGUCAAUCCCCCUGAUUGGCGGAGGCUGCUAGUUUGAAUUCUAGAACGGCGGUUGCGAGUCCGAUUUUUUUUUGUUGGUGGGGGGGGAAAGGAAUCUGUAAAUUCCUUUCGGACGGACGAAGCCCUUCUGGUUGUCAACGGGAGACGUUGGCGACGAUCAUUUCCCCUGUAUGGAGGAAAGAAGGCAGGGUGUGGGACCAGCCGGGCUUCAGGAGCCGUGUCCUCAGGAGCGGAGCAAGCGCAGGGCUGCCUCCCCAGGCUGCGAGGAUGGAAACGACGCCGUGCUCUCACUCGGCCACUUCUCCCGGCCUCCCUUCCUCAGUUUCGGCUCCGUCCGCGUCGGUACUUCGUGCGUUCGCCGCUUGGCCGUGGAGAACCCCAACGCGGAGCCUGUCCACGGGGCCGUCUACCGCCCGCCGCCCGCCUCCAAAGGCUUCACGGUGGAGCAGGACGAUUUCGUCCUUCAGCCUGGAGAGAGGAUCUAUAUAUUAAUAACAUGGACACCACUAGAAGGCGGCAAAAUUCGAGAGCUCAUAACUUUUAUUGUAAACGAUGUUGUAAAACAUCAAGCAGUUUUGCUGGGAAAUGCUGAGCAGCCUAUAAGGAAAAAGAAAAAUCUUUGGGAUACUAUUAAAAGAAGAACUGCACAGCAAUCACGAAAAAGAGUGCCAAUCAUUAAAAGUAUAAAUAAAACGUUUCAGAUGUCUGAAAAAACAGAGAAAAAUAGAAGCCCUCUUCAGUCUUGUGAGAAUCUGGAAGUGAAUUCAAACAGAAUUUCACCUAAUGGAAAUUCCUUAAUCAUUUCAGAACAUAACCUAUCUCUUUCCCCUAUUAGUCCCAUCAGUCAGAAAAACCAACAUGUCAUUUAUACUCCCCUACCAAUUAAAUAUUCUGUUCCAGAAGCACCAGCAUGUCAAAGGUUAUUAAAUAAUAUAACAGAACCCCCUACUGUUACAACUCUAUAUGAUAAUGUUUUGGAAAAAAAUAUAUGCCGACAUAAUACUAUUAACUCAGCAGAAAUAAAUGCAGAAUCAGUCGGUACACCAGAACAAUUGAAUAUAUCUUUGAAUCGUAGGAAGAUUUUAAGUCCUGAUUCUUUUAUAAACAAUAGUUACGAAGUGACAGAAGAUGCAGCUACAGCAAUACCUAUUCUUUCACCUGAUCAGUUUUUAAGAGAAAAUCAAAUGGUGCCAAUCUCGGAAUGUAAAACUGCGUCCUUUUCUUCAGAUGUGAAAUCAUGUAUGUCAACAGGAAAAUUUUCAAAACAGAAAGAAAAGGUACACGUUUCUUUUUUUAUGGAACCUCAUCUUUCCACCAAAGCUCCCAACAAUAUAAAUGAAAGAAAUCCUACAACACAUUGCUAUGAUAAGAUUGAACAAAAUGUCAAAUCCAAGGCAAGUGAUCAAGCUUCCUGCCUUCAGAACAAAAAAAGGCCUUUGCUUUCUAGCACUGUUACCAAAACUAAGCCCAAUCCUGAAAGAAAAGAAACAAAGAUGUUAAAACUAAAAUCUAAAAAAAAUCUUUCUAAUGCAAUAGAGCAUAGUAUGGACAUUAUCCCUAAAAAUGCAGACCUGGACACAUUGCCAAGACUUCCAGUUAUAGAAAGUGUUUCCAAUGAAACUAAAUGUAUCAAAGAUAAAGCCGGAUUCAUUUAUUUGGAAUCAUCUCAUAAUCGUAAAAGAAAAAGUGGAGAAUAUUUAGAGGAUGUUAAGAAUGGAAGAGAAGAAUAUGCAGAAAAUUUAGGAAGAAAAAGAACUCUGAAGUCCUGUGACGGCAAUGGAAGCAAGAGUGCUUUGAAAUUAUCAGUUUCCAAAUCUCAGAAUGGAGAUAAGAAAAAGAAGAGACAUGAUUCUGCAUCACAAAAAUCUAAGAAUUUUAAAAGGACAAAAAAUAUUGUUGCUGUUGCACAGUCUCAACUGACUUUUGUGAAGCCUUUAAAAACAGAUAUUCCUAGGCAUCCAAUGCCUUUUGCAGCAAAGAAUAUGUUUUACGAUGAGCAGUGGAAAGAAAAACAACAACGAGGUUUUACAUGGUGGUUGAAUUUUGUACUUACUCCUGAUGAUUUUACUUUGAAAACAGACAUUUCACAAGUUAAUACAGCAUGUCUCAUCCUGGGAUCAGAGAUUUAUAAAACCAGUGUUCCUAAAGCACCAACAAAAGAAGAAGCAUCAUUAAGAUCAUAUACAACUCGAUGCAAAUUAAACAAACUUCGUAGGUCAGCUUGCUGCUUGUUUACCUCUGAUGAAAUUGUAAAAGCAAUAAAAAGGCUGGAGAUUGAAAUUGAAGCAAAACGUUUGCUAGUUCGAAAAGACAGACAUCUGUGGAAGGAUAUUGGAGAACGACAGAAAAUCCUCAAGUGGCUUUUAUGUUACAAUCCACUGUGGUUACGCAUAGGCCUAGAAACAAUCUUUGGGGAACUAAUUGCUUUGGAAAGUAACAGUGAUGUGAUGGGUUUGGCAGUAUUUAUACUAAAUCGCUUGUUGUGGAACCCAGAUAUAGCAGCUGAAUACCGACACCCAACUGUGCCUCACCUUUAUCGAGAUGGUCACGAAGAAGCAUUGUCCAAAUUUACACUGAAAAAACUUCUACUACUGGUUUGUUUCCUUGAUCGUGCCAAAGUGUCUCGAAUUAUUGAACACGACCCUUGCUUAUUCUUCAAAAAUGCAGAAUUUAAGUCUAGUAAAGAAAUAUUACUAGCAUUUUCCCGGGACUUUUUAAGUGGAGAAGGUGAUCUUUCACGUCACCUUGGCUUCUUGGGUUUCCCUGUUAAUCACAUACAGACUCCGCUUGAUGAAUUUGACUUUGCUGUUACAAAUUUAGCUACAGACUUACAAUGUGGCAUUCGUCUUGUGAGAACUUUAGAACUGCUGUCAUCAGAUUGGACUCUUUCCGAAAAAUUAAGAGUGCCUGCAAUCAGCAGACUUCAGAAGAUGCAUAAUGUUAAACUAGCUUUUGAGGCAUUGAAUGAUCAUGGAAUUCAGUUGAAAGAUGAACAUGGUUCAACCAUUGACACAAAGGAUAUUGUAGAUCGACAUAGAGAGAAAACAUUUGCUUUGUUAUGGAAAAUAGUGUUCGCUUUUCAGGUGAAUAUUUCGUUUGACGUGGAUCAGUUAAAAGCAGAAAUUGCCUUCUUAAAAAACAUGCAAGUUACAAAAUUAAAAAGACCUGAUGUAGAAUGUGUUAACAGCAUGGGAAAUGACACCAGCAGGUCUUAUUCAUAUGAAAGCUAUGGUGAAAAUGUAAAACUGCUGAUGGACUGGGUGAAUGUUGUCUGUGGAUUUUAUAAUAUUAAGGUGGAAAAUUUCACAGUGUCCUUUUCAGAUGGAAGAGUAUUAUGUUAUUUGAUUCAUCAUUAUCACCCAUGUUACGUACCUUUGGAGGCUAUAUGUAAACACACUACUCAAACAGUAGAAUGUACCAGAAGUGGCACUCUUGGGCUGAAUUCCUCUUCUGAAUCUGAUGCUUCUCUAAAUCUAAUAAAUGGAACUUUUGAUCAAACUAUAAGUACUUCCGUGCUUUACAAAGAACUCCUUGAUAAUGAAAAAAGAAAUUUUCAACUGAUCAAUGCUGCAGUUUCUGAUCUGGGAGGUGUUCCAGCUAUGAUUCAGCAUUCAGACAUGUCUAAUACAAUACCUGACGAGAAGGUAGUCAUUAUUUAUGUGUCAUUUCUGUGUUCAAGACUUAUAAGUCUUUCUAAAGAGAUUCGGGCAGCUCAGUUGAUUCAAUCUGCUUGGAGAAAAUACAGUUUGAAAAUACUUGCUGAGACCAAGAAGCAAAAAUCAAAUGCUGUAGUUGUACUUCAAAAGCACUGGAGAAGAUAUUUGGCUGUUCUGGAACUUCAGAAAUUAAAAAAGGCAAAGCAAGAAGAAAGUGGAAGAAUUGCAAUCCAGAGAUGGCAAGAGGCUGUAAUUGUCCUUCAAGCUUGGUAUAGAAUGAAGAGAGAGAGGCAGCAGUUUUUAAAAAUGUGUGGAGCAGCAUCUGUCAUUCAAACAUACUAUCGUGCACAUAGAGAACAAACCUUUCAGAGACAGAAGUUUUUGCAAAUCAAAAAGGCAACUUUGUGUUUGCAAGCAAGCUACAGAGGCUUUAAAGUACGAAGAAUGCUAAGACACCAACAUAUGGCUGCUACUAAAAUCCAAGCUACGUACAGGGCUUAUGCUGCUAGAAUGAAAUAUCAAAGUUUGAUUCAAGCUUCCAUUGUGAUUCAGAAAUGGUACAGGACUUCUAAAAGGGGAUCCCAAAUAAGAGAAAGAUUUCAGGAGACAAAAGCAGCUGUGAUUUCCUUACAGGCAGUUGUGCGUGGUUGGCAAGUGAGAAAAUGGCUUCAGAGGCAGCAUGCUGCUGCAAUUACUAUUCAAUCUGUCUACAGAAAAUAUAAAGCUAUGAAAAAAUUCAGGAUGGUGAGAUGUGCUGCUCUUACUAUACAGCAGCAUUAUCGGGCUCACAUCUCAAGUAAAAAACAGCAACAGAAAUAUAUUGUUCUUUACAAUAGCAUUGUAUUAUUCCAGGCAACUUGGAGAGGCACUACUGUGAGGAGGCAAAUAAAAAGAGAGCAUCAGGCUGCAGUGACUAUUCAGUCCUAUUAUAAGAUGCAUGUGAAUCAAGCUAAGUUUAAACAUUUCAGGAAGGCUGCAGUUACAAUUCAGAGAUGGUAUCGUGCUGUUAUGCAAGCCCGUAAUGCACGACAAAAAUAUCUUGCUUUAAAGGAAACAACUGUUAAAAUGCAGGCAAUUUACCGAGGUUUGAGAGAAAGGCGGAAAAUCCAGCGCAUGAACCAAGCAGUUAUUUGUAUCCAAGCCAUGUUUAAAAUGCAUCGAUGUAAUGUUCAAUAUAAGACCCUGAAAAGGUCAGCUACUAUAAUUCAAGCACAAUACAGAGCUUUCUGCAGAGGACAGAAAGAUCGGAAAAAAUAUCUGGCACUUAGAAAGUCAUCUCUCAUUCUUCAAGCAGCCUACAGAGGCAUGAAAAUUAGACAGCAAUUGAGAAGUAGUCACCAAUGCAUACUAGUUAUUCAGUCAUAUUAUCGAAUGUACAGAGAACGGAAAGCUUAUUUAAAGCUAGUUGCAGCAACGAAAGUGAUUCAGCGAUGGUAUCGUGCUUCCAGAGAUACAAAUGCUCAGAUGCAUAAAUACAAAAUGAUGAAGAUUUCUGCUCUCCAAAUCCAGGCGGCUUUCCGAGGUAGGAAAGCUAGAGUCCUUUUGAAAAAGAUGCACAUGGCUGCCAUCAUCAUUCAAAGGAAUUUUAAAGCUUUUGUUCAGAGGCGUAAAUUUAUAUGUCUUAAAUCGGCUGCUGUGACAAUUCAGAGAAGGUAUCGAGCAACAGUACUCUCGAAACAACAACAUGAGAAGUUCCUUAAUUUGCGUAGAGCAGUGAUUGUAAUACAGUCUACCAUCAGAGGCCUGCUUGUUAGGAGAUGUGUAAAGCAAAUGCAUCUGGCUGCUGCAGUUAUCCAAGCAACCUUUCGAAUGCAUAUAACCUAUACUCAAUACAGAACAAUGAAGUCUGCUUGUAUUGUAAUACAGCAUCAUUAUAGAGCAUACCAAACAGCCAAGCAAACCAGAGAUUUGUACAUGAAACAGCAUCGCUCUGCUCUAAUUCUUCAGGCAGCUUACAGAGGGAUGAAAGUUCGGCAUAUGUUAAAGAAAAAACAUGAAGCUGCAGUAGUCAUACAAAGUAACUAUAGAAAACACAGGCAAUGGAAAUCCUACAAAAAUAUUCAGUGGGCAGUCAGACUCAUCCAGGCAAGAGUCAGAGCCAACCAAGAGAGCAAAAUGGCAGUCCAGCAAUAUUCUUCCAUUAAGAAAGCGACCAUCUGCAUUCAGAAAGCUUUUUGCAGGAUGAAGGCAAGAAACCAAAGAAGACAGGAAGCUGCUAUCCUGCUUCAGCGGAAUUUUAAAAUGCAAAGAGCACGUAAAAAUUACCUUGCCUUAAAAGCGGCUGCUAUAUCUCUUCAGAGAAAGUAUCGAGCAACAGUACUCUCAAGACAGCAACGUGAGACGUUCCUUAAUUUGCGUAGAGCAGUGAUUGUAAUACAAUCUGCCAUUAGAGGCCUGCUUGUUAGGAGAUGUGUAAAGCAAAUGCAUCUGGCUGCUGCAGUUAUCCAAGCAACUUUUCGAAUGCACAUAACCUAUACUCGAUACAGAACAAUGAAGUCUGCUUGUAUUGUAAUACAGCAUCAUUAUAGAGCAUACCAAACAGCCAAGCAAACCAGAGAUUUGUACUUAAAACAGCAUCGCUCUGCUCUAAUUCUUCAGGCAGCUUACAGAGGGAUGAAAGUUCGGCAUAUGUUAAAGAAAAAACAUGAAGCUGCAGUAGUCAUACAAAGUAACUAUAGAAAACACAGGCAAUGGAAAUCCUACAAAAAUAUUCAGUGGGCAGUCAGACUCAUCCAGGCAAGAGUCAGAGCCAACCAAGAGAGCAAAAUGGCAGUCCAGCAAUAUUCUUCCAUUAAGAAAGCGACCAUCUGCAUUCAGAAAGCUUUUCGCAGGAUGAAGGCAAGAAACCAAAGAAGACAGGAAGCUGCUACCUUGCUUCAGCGGAAUUUUAAAAUGCAAAGAGCACAUAAAAAUUACCUUGCCUUAAAACUGGCUGCUAUAUCUCUUCAGAGAAAGUAUCGAGCAACAGUACUCUCAAGACAGCAACGUGAGACUUUCCUUAAUUUACGUAGAGCAGUGAUUGUAAUACAGUCUACCAUCAGAGGCCUGCUUGUUAGGAGAUGUGUAAAGCAAAUGCAUCUGGCUGCUGCAGUUAUCCAAGCAACCUUUCGAAUGCACAUAACCUAUACUCGAUACAGAACAAUGAAGUCUGCUUGUAUUGUAAUACAGCAUCAUUAUAGAGCAUACCAAACAGCCAAGCAAACCAGAGAUUUGUACUUAAAACAGCAUCGCUCUGCUCUAAUUCUUCAGGCAGCUUACAGAGGGAUGAAAGUUCGGCAUAUGUUAAAGAAAAAACAUGAAGCUGCAGUAGUCAUACAAAGUAACUAUAGAAAACACAGGCAAUGGAAAUCCUACAAAAAUAUUCAGUGGGCAGUCAGACUCAUCCAGGCAAGAGUCAGAGCCAACCAAGAGAGCAAAAUGGCAGUCCAGCAAUAUUCUUCCAUUAAGAAAGCGACCAUCUGCAUUCAGAAAGCUUUUUGCAGGAUGAAGGCAAGAAACCAAAGAAGACAGGAAGCUGCUAUCCUGCUUCAGCGGAAUUUUAAAAUGCAAAGAGCACGUAAAAAUUAUCUUGCCUUAAAAGCGGCUGCUAUAUCUCUUCAGAGAAAGUAUCGAGCAACAGUACUCUCAAGACAGCAACGUGAGACGUUCCUUAAUUUGCGUAGAGCAGUGAUUAUAAUACAAUCUGCCAUUAGAGGCCUGCUUGUUAGGAGAUGUGUAAAGCAAAUGCAUCUGGCUGCUGCAGUUAUCCAAGCAACUUUUCGAAUGCACAUAACCUAUACUCGAUACAGAACAAUGAAGUCUGCUUGUAUUGUAAUACAGCAUCAUUAUAGAGCAUACCAAACAGCCAAGCAAACCAGAGAUUUGUACUUAAAACAGCAUCGCUCUGCUCUAAUUCUUCAGGCAGCUUACAGAGGGAUGAAAGUUCGGCAUAUGUUAAAGAAAAAACAUGAAGCUGCAGUAGUCAUACAAAGUAACUAUAGAAAACACAGGCAAUGGAAAUCCUACAAAAAUAUUCAGUGGGCAGUCAGACUCAUCCAGGCAAGAGUCAGAGCCAACCAAGAGAGCAAAAUGGCAGUUCAGCAAUAUUCUUCCAUUAAGAAAGCGACCAUCUGCAUUCAGAAAGCUUUUCGCAGGAUGAAGGCAAGAAACCAAAGAAGACAGGAAGCUGCUAUCCUGCUUCAGCGGAAUUUUAAAAUGCAAAGAGCACGUAAAAAUUACCUUACCUUAAAAGCGGCUGCUAUAUCUCUUCAGAGAAAGUACAGAGCCUUGGUUGUAAUGAGAAGAGAAACUAAAGAAUAUGCUUCUGUUCGUGCAAAAAUUAUUUGUGUGCAGUCUUUCUAUAGAGGCUUUAAAAUACGGAGAGAAGUCAAAUGCCAGCAUUUAGCAGCAACAGUGAUUCAGGCAACAUUUAGAAUGUAUAAAGUUAAACUAGCUUACCAGAAACUGAGAUACGCUACUAUUACAAUGCAGAAGUACUAUCGAUUACAUCUAAAGGAGAAACAUCAAAAUACACAUCAGGAAAUUCAGAAAUCUAUAAUAAGUCAGGUCACUUGCAGAGGAACAAAAAUACAGCCAGAAUUGGACAUCAUGCAUAUUUCGGCAACUGUCAUCCAAUCUCUUUAUCGGAUGUAUAUACAGCAAAAACAUUACAAAUUGAUAUGCUGGGCUGUGAUAACUAUUCAAUCUGCCUAUCGUGGAAUGAUAGCACGCAAAAAAACAAAGGAAAUGUAUGCAACAAGAAACAGACAGUUGUGUCAUAUAGCUGUGAAUGAUAGAAUUGAAGCUAUUGAAUCAAAGAGUCAGUGCCAUACAAAUGAAGCCAGAGAACAAUACCAGAAAUAUUGGAAAGCUUCAGUUUUAAUACAACAACAUUACCGAUCUUACCUGACUAUGAAACAUCAUUCAACGGUUUAUUUACAAACACGUAAGAGAAUAAUUCUUUUGCAAGCUACAGUGAGAGGUUUCAUUGUACGGCAGAGGUUUUCCAGAAUAAAAAGAAGUACAGUAAAAAUACAGAGAUGGUAUCGAGGAAACUGGCAGAGGAGGAAAUAUCUGCAAUAUCGUACGAAGAUUAUUAUAAUACAAAGAAUGGUUAGAAGAUGGAUUAGCCACAGAAAUACAAAUACAGGUGGAAUUCCAAAAGACAUAAACCCCAAAAAUGUUAACGCUGGAGUAACUAAAUUUCAGGCACUGUGGAGAGGAUAUUCUUGCAGGAAGAAGACUGAUACUCCAGAAACCAGAUCUCUGCGAAACAGUUUGAUCAUUGCCAAUAAAGAAAGCAAAGAAGAGAAGAAGCUGUAUAAUAGAACUGCAGUUGCCAUUGAUUAUCUUCUUAAAUAUAAACAUUUUUCUUAUAUUCUGGCAGCUCUGAAAGAUCUGGAGGUUGUUACAAGAUUGUCUCCUGUUUGCUGUGAAAAUAUGGCCCAAAGUAAAGCAGUCUGCACGAUUUUUACUUUGAUACGGAGCUGCAAUAGAAGUGUCCCUAGUAUGGAUGUUAUUAAAUAUUCUGUCCAAGUCUUGCUUAAUUUAUCAAAGUAUGAAAGGACUACUGAUGCUGUUUAUUCAGUGGAAAAUUCAGUAGAAACACUGUUGGAUUUACUUCAGAUGUACCGGGAAAGACCUGGGGACAAAACUUCAGAAAAAAGUGGUAGCAUUUUUACAAAGACAUGCUGCUUAUUUGCUCAUCUCUCAAAGGAUUCAAGAAGAGCUUCUGAGAUUCGAAACAAUUGUAAAACAGUUGCUAGCCUUCGGAGAUUGUUUAAACUUACAGCCCGUAAACAUCAAAUGGAUGUCGAAAGAAUGCGUGCCAAACAAAAAAAAGUUGCAUACACAAAUGGACUGAGUUCCAUUUCUGUAAAAACAAAAAUAGUUUCAAGGCAGAGGCCGGAUUGGGAUUUAAGGAAAGAUAAUGUAAGAGAGAUAGUUGAUCCAUUGGAAGCCAUUGAGAUGGUAGUGAACACACUUGGAAUUUCCUGCAAUUAAAACAUGGAAGAGUUUAUAAUUAUGACAUUUUCACAGAGAAAUGGCCUGGAUUUCUUGUAUCGAUGUACAUAUUAUGCAUUUGUUUCAUAAAGCUUGUUUACCUGUGUUUGAACUCAUCUGUCAGUUAAACUAAACUUCUUAUUGACUUUUAUCUGUUGAAUUAAUAAAAUCACAAAUAUUACUUUUAUAUAUUUUAGAGAUAAGAAAAUUAUAUAUUAUAUACUGUGUACAAUAUAAGAUUGUUAUUUUAUACAAUAAAACGGAAAAACUAAAGUUGUUAGUUAAUGUAAAGUGUAUUUUUUUUGCUUUAGAGAGAAAUUUGAAACCAAUAUUAACAGCUUAAUAGCAUAAAAUGAGCAUGUAAAACAAAAGGUUGAGGGUUUGUCUGGGAAAUUGCAUUCCAAAGAACUGAACAUAAUUAUUGAAAGACAACAGAAAAAAUUAAUUAAAGCUCUGAUAGGAUUACUUCCUCCAAAAUUAUUGAUUUCCCCCCCUUGCAACACAUUAAAAAUAAUAUUUUUUACUUUUUGUUUUUACUUAAUAAAAUUAUUUUCUGGUUUACGAAUGAAAAGUAGUUUUUUCUAUCCAUAGAAUUCUUACAGUUUUGCUUUACCACUAUGAAUCCUAAGUUUCUUGUUGUUACUUCUUUCACAAGAUAUGACUACUAAAUGGAAACGUCAAAAUUAUGAAAAAAAAACCUAUUAGUAGUUGCAAGACUAUUCAUAUUCAGUUCAUCCCUUCAUAUUCAUAUUCAGUUCACUCUUCAAUUACUAGUUUUAUUGUCAUCUUUUGUAUCUUCCACUGAUAUUUGAUGCCUAAUUCCUUUUCCUAUGGCUGGACCCAUAUUGUAAAACAAACUGGAGUUUAAGU